AUCGUGAAUGUGAUCUCACAAAAGGAACAACCGUUGACACGAGCUCUCCACGUUAAUCUACCCACUGCUUACGUAUGGCAGACACCUCUUUGUAUACAACAGUAAACUGAGGAGAACCAGGUCACAGUUUGUAUCCGGGUAAGAUAUUUCAAGCCUCAUAUCUCGCCAUCGCCAUCGUCGUCGUGUAAAGGUUCGAAACCUUGCCAGCCCUGAGACAGAAUACGCCCACGGCAGUAUAAAGGGUGUCCCUGCUGUGACUACCGUCCUGACAAAAUGCCUGAUGUACGGAGUAAACUGCGUGUGUUUUUGAGGCAACUAUCUCCUCUACCUGAGAACAUCGAACCCUUCACUAAAUCGCAGUGGAGAUGGUGCUCACCGAUAGCCCUUGCAAUGCUCUAUGGAAUAAUGACGAUCUAUACCCUGAAUGGAUUCAUACUGUGGUGCAAGUCAGCUGAUCUCAAGUACGAUGUUGGCGUGUUCCUCACCACGUGGUCCUACUGUACAGUAUUCCUCCACUUUCUGCUGUCCGCAAUCAUUGUCUGUACUCACCACGUAUCUGCAUACUAUCAGAGAUCUCGUCCAAGUACUGCUAUAAAGAACAGGCGAGGGAGUGACGUGUUCUCGAAGCAGGACGGUUCACCGGACACCAACGACAUUCUCCACGAAGACACCAGCAACUCUUCUGAGAGCAACACCAGCACUGACACGAGGUGGCGCAUUGUGAAACGCGUGACGAUUUCAAUAUCGUGGAUAUCUACAAAUAUUGUUUUUGUGUUUGUGAUUGUUGUGACUGCUGUUUACUACACAGCCAUGUGUCCGAAGGAUGUUACCUGCGGGAGGUACUUCAAUAUCAACGUCCACGCUCUCAACACCGUCUUCAUCAUCGUGGAUGUCGUUAUCAGUGGACGCCCUGUGCGUAUGUGCCACGUCGUUUAUCCUUUCAUCUUUGGAUUCAUCUAUGUCAUGUUCAGUGUUUUCUUCUGGGCGUCCGAUCACACCCAUGUUAUUUACCGCGUAGUGUUGAAUUGGAACAAACCAGGGAUGACUGCUGGUGUUCUGAUCGGGGCCAGUAUUGGCAUUGUAUUGCUCCAUGCUCUCCACUUGGGAAUCUACAAACUUAAACUUUAUGUGCACAAAAGAGUGAGUAAGUGAGUGAGUGAGUAUGGUUUUAAGCCGCGUUUAGCAAUAUUCUAGCAAUAUCACGACGGGGGACACCCGAAAUGGGCUUCACACGCUGUGCCAAUGUGAGGAUUCGAACCCUGGUCUUCGGCGUGACGAGUGGGCGCGUUAACGAGCAAGAUACCCAAUCGACCCACUGUCCAACAGAAGACACCAAGGACCUAUGUUUUAAUGUUAAAUGAAACAAUGACAAUAUUGAGAAGGUUCACAUUGUGCCGAAAUGGCUUGCUCAAGCUGUAAAUAUAACAGCAAUAAUUAUUGUAUGAAAACAGAUAGUUGUACAAAAAUACAUUCUUCAUGUAUAUUUUGUUUCGGUUAUAAAUCUUAUAAUAGACGUCUUUGUUUGUUAGCAUUAAACAUCAGUAUCAGAGAAUGGCGUGGCUGGCCCAGGGGUCUAAGACAUGUCAAUGAAGAGCUGUGUCUUCAAUCGUAUCCACUGAUCCUAGGUCCGAGUCCAUCCCAGAUUUGCACCUACAAUUAUAGCGAACCGUGGCCCAUACCUGCGCUCCUGGAUUUCACAAAAAAAACGGCCCGUCUCUUUGGGCUUUCCUGCCAUAUUGAGGAUGUCUGCUAGGAGAUGUCUGUGUCCACUACGCAACUCGAAUUGCUGUGUAUAGGAAGUCCUUUGACAGUGAUUCAU